CGAACUGGGUUCUUACUUCUUACAGUGAAGCGCGAAUUACUAACCGCGAAUCCGAGAGAAACAACCCAACGAACUAUAAGUAUACUUCUCUCUCACUGUCCCUGUUUUUAACAUCCAUCUGGGUUCCGACGUCUUCGUCGACGAAAUUCUUAUAUACAAGACCCCAAUUCGGUCUCCACCAGAUUGUGAAGGAAAUGAUGAGACUCCAAACAUAUGCGGGCCUUAGUUUAGUUGGUACACUUGCUGUUAUUUAUCAUGCGUUUAGCAGUAGGGGUCAAUUCUACCCAGCCAUGGUGUAUCUAUCCACCUCCAAGAUCAGUUUGGUGCUUCUUUUAAAUAUGGGUCUGGUCAUCAUGUGCAUUUUGUGGCAGUUAACCAAGUGUUUGUUCCUUGGAUCUCUACGAGAAGCAGAGGUUGAGAGAUUGAAUGAACAGUCAUGGAGGGAGGUCAUGGAAAUUCUUUUUGCAAUCACAAUAUUCCGACAGGACUUCUCUGUUACAUUUCUUGCAAUGGUGACUGCUCUCCUGUUAAUUAAAGCUUUGCAUUGGUUGGCCCAGAAGAGGGUUGAGUACAUUGAGACAACUCCAUCUGUUCCCAUGUUCUCUCACAUCCGGAUUGUUUCUUUCAUGGGAUUUCUUUUUGUCCUGGAUAGUAUCUUCUUGUACAGUUCUUUGAAACAUUUGAUACAGACAUGGCAGGCUUCUGUUUCUAUUUUUUUCUCAUUUGAGUACAUGAUACUAGCGACAACAAUAGUGUCAACAUUUGUAAAAUAUGUUUUCUAUGUUAGUGACAUGCUGAUGGAAGGACAAUGGGAGAGAAAGGCAGUUUACACCUUUUACUUGGAGCUUAUCCGUGACUUGCUUCACUUAUCUAUGUACCUGUGCUUCUUCUUUCUGAUUUUUGUGAAUUAUGGUGUGCCAUUGCAUUUGAUUCGUGAGCUCUAUGAGACCUUUCGUAACUUCAAGAUUCGUGUUGCUGAUUAUAUUCGGUAUCGGAAAAUCACUUCAAAUAUGAAUGACCGUUUUCCUGAUGCAACACCUGAAGAACUUAAUGCUAAUGAUGCUACUUGCAUUAUUUGUCGUGAAGAGAUGACCACAGCAAAGAAGCUCAUCUGUGGCCACCUUUUCCAUGUGCAUUGUCUUAGGUCAUGGUUGGAGCGACAACAUACUUGCCCAACAUGCAGAGCGUUAGUUGUUCCACCUGAAAAUGGGACAAAUAUGGCUAGUGGCCAACAUGGAGCACAGACUGAGGUUCAUCAGCAGGACACAGGAACUGCUGGUACAUCCUCUCAGGGUUCAGUAGAUGAUGUAGUGGAUGACAACUUGAGGCGGCAUCAGGCUAGGCUACAAGCUGCUGCUGCAGCUGCUUCAAUCUAUGAGAAAUCAUAUGUAUAUCCUUCUCCAAAUACUUUUUCAUGGUAUCCUGGAUAUGCUUUAAUUCCCCAGGCAUAUAUGCCUUCAGCAAACUCCUGCACUAUGGAUUCAGAUGGAAAUGCAUCUGGGGAACCACACAAUCAACAAUUUGCAACCCAUGGUGGACAGUCAAACUUUGUGUAUCCUCUGGCUCCUCACUGCCCAUUCAUCCCUCUUCAGUCUGCUGGUGCUAAUUUUACAGGGCAGAGGCUGGGUACUGAUCUAAAUGCGGAAUGUUCUUGCCUGGAAUCACAAGAAAGAUUUAUUCUGCACCAGAUUGAGAUUCUGCAAAACCAACAGAAGCUUUUGCGACAGCAAAAACCUGACGAAACCAUGAACAUGACUUCCACUUCAUCAGAUAGCAAGGGAAAGGCCAAUGCAUCUCCAUCCUCAUUCCCAUCUGUUUCUGACUAUGGUCAUCAUGGAGAGGAUGAGAAACAGUAAAUAUUAGUCUUCAUACUUGUUGCAAAGCGAUUUGAAGCUUGUAGAGAAAAUGCAGGGUCUUUUUUCUUUUUCUUGUCUCCCUUUUUUUGCUCCUUUAUCUCCCUUGUUGUUGCUCCCUUAUUGUGCAUAUCAGUUUUUUUAUGCUAUCCUGUAGCUAUUCUGUAAAUAUAUAUAUUCAAAGGGAGUUUCAAAUUUGCUGGCUGUCAUACUUCGACAGUGUUCUUACAAGCUAACCAUAAGAUUUCAAUUUAAUCUGAUUGACCCA